CUUUUAUUCAUCUUGUCACGUAAAACUGGCUUUUAAACAAUGAUAGUGUAAUACAAGAAAAUAAAAAUAUACCAUUCCCUCUUUUUUUCGAAAAAAAAAAUGCUAUAUAAAGUCUUUAGUCCUUAUAAGAAGUCUUUUUCUUUACUUUAUCACACAAUGACAAAAGAACGUGUUUGUAUUAUUGGAUCCGGUAAUUGGGGUUCAGCUGUUGGCAAGAUUGUAGGUGAGAAUGUAUUAAAACACAAAGAUAUAUUUGAGGCUGAAGUACGUCAAUGGGUCUUUGAAGAAAACUAUAAGGGUGAAAAACUGACUGAAAUGAUCAACCGAGAAAGAGAAAAUCCUAAAUAUCUACCUGGUAUCAAAUUCACUCCCAAUAUCAAAGCCGUACCUGACUUGAUCGAAGCCAGCCGAGAUGCAACAGUGGUUGUGUUUGUCUUGCCUCAUCAGUUUGUUCGAGGAGUAUGUGAAAAGAUGAAGGACCACAUUUCACCUAAAGCCAAGGCCAUCUCACUCAUCAAAGGUUUGGAGAUCAAGCCAGAAGGUGUCACUUUAUUUAGUGAAGAAAUUUCUCGUAAGCUGGGUAUUAAUGUAGCUGCUCUCAGUGGUGCCAAUAUUGCAGAUGAAGUAGCCAAAGAACGUUUCUGUGAAACAACCAUUGGUAGUCGAUCUGAACAAGAUGGCCAAUUGUUCUUUAAGCUCUUUAACACAGACUAUUUCAAGGUGAAUGUCAUUCGUGAUUAUGUUGGGGUUGAGUUGUGUGGUGCAUUGAAAAAUGUGGUAGCUGUGGGUGCUGGUAUUUCUGAUGGUUUAGGUUAUGGUAGUAAUACAAAAGCAGCCAUUAUUCGUUUGGGUUUAAUGGAAAUGCGCAAGUUUGGUCAAACAUUCUUUGGUACAGUAGAAGACACUACUUUCUUUGAAUCGUGUGGUAUUGCAGACUUGAUCACCACUUGCUCUGGGGGUCGUAAUCGUAAAGUAGCCGAAGCUUUUGCAAAGACCCGUAAGCCUAUUGAUAUACUGGAACAAGAAAUGUUGAAUGGUCAAAAGCUACAAGGUACUCUGACAGCGCAAGAAGUGCACCAAUUUUUGACUGCACGUCAAAUGACUCGAGAAUUCCCCUUGUUUGAAACUGUCUAUCGAAUUAUAUAUGAAAAUGCACCCUUAGAAUCCAUUGUUCGUGACAUUUAAAUAGAAUAUAUAUAUAUAUU